CCUCUGGGGCAGCCACGCAGGCCAUGGCUGUGGGGCUGGCGACUGGUGCUUAGCAACCCCAACCACCUGCCUGCUGAAGAGCCAGAGCCAGAACCAGGACCCUGUGACCGGGCUGGCCUCCCGUGCAUGGAAUGGUGCUGUGCCCCGGGCCAGCAGGCUGGGCUCGCCAUGGUGCUGGGUGCCAUCCUGGCACGUGGGAGGGAUGUGUGCAAGCGGAAUGGACUGCUCAUCUUGUCUGUGCUCUCUGUCACCGUGGGCUGCCUCCUUGGCUUCUUCCUGAGGACCCGGCACCUCUCACCCCAGGAAAUUAGUUACUUCCAGUUCCCGGGAGAGCUCCUGAUGAGGAUGCUCAAGAUGCUGAUCCUCCCACUGGUCGUCUCCAGCUUGAUGUCCGGCCUCGCCUCCCUGGAUGCCAAGACCUCCAGCCGCCUGGGCAUCCUCACCGUGGCAUACUACCUGUGGACCACCUUUGUGGCGGUCGUCGUGGGCAUCAUCAUGGUCUCCAUCAUCCAUCCGGGUGGCGCAGCCCAGAAGGAGACAACUGAGCAGAGCGGGAAGCCCAUCAUGAGCUCAGCUGACCCCCUGCUGGACCUCAUUCGGAACAUGUUCCCAGCCAACCUGGUGGAAGCCACAUUCAAGCAGUAUCGCACCAAGACCACCCCCGUUGUCAAGUCCCCCACGGUGGCAUCAGAGGAGACCCCUUCUCGGCGGAUCCUCAUCUAUGGGGUCCAGGAGGAGAAUGGCUCUCGUGUGCAGAACUUCGCCCUGGACCUGACACCCCCUCCAGAGGUCGUUUACAAGUCAGAGCCUGGCACCAGCGAUGGCAUGAACGUGCUGGGCAUCGUCAUCUUCUCUGCCACCAUGGGCAUCAUGCUGGGCCGCAUGGGUGACAGCGGGGCCCCGCUGGUCAGCUUCUGCCAGUGCCUCAACGAGUCUGUCAUGAAGAUCGUGGCCGUGGCUGUGUGGUACUUCCCCUUUGGCAUCGUGUUUCUCAUCGCUGGCAAGAUCCUGGAGAUGGACAACCCCACAACCGUAGGAAAGAAGCUGGGCUUCUAUGCAGUCACCGUGGUGUGCGGGCUGGUCGUCCAUGGCCUCUUCAUCCUGCCCCUGCUCUACUUCUUCAUCACCAAAAAGAACCCCAUCGUCUUCAUCCGCGGCAUCCUCCAGGCCCUGCUCAUUGCACUGGCCACCUCCUCCAGCUCAGCCACACUGCCCAUCACCUUUAAGUGCCUGCUGGAGAACAACCACAUCGACCGGCGCAUUGCCCGCUUUGUGCUGCCCGUGGGCGCCACCAUCAACAUGGAUGGCACGGCGCUCUACGAGGCCGUGGCUGCCAUCUUCAUUGCCCAGGUCAACAACUAUGAGCUGGACUUCGGCCAGAUCAUCACCAUCAGCAUCACAGCCACUGCAGCCAGCAUCGGGGCAGCCGGCAUCCCCCAGGCCGGGCUCGUCACCAUGGUCAUCGUGCUCACCUCCGUGGGCCUUCCCACCGACGACAUCACCCUCAUCAUCGCUGUCGACUGGGCUCUGGACCGUUUCCGCACCAUGAUUAAUGUGCUGGGCGAUGCACUGGCUGCUGGGAUCAUGGCUCACGUCUGCCGGAAAGACUUCGCUCAGGACACGGGCACUGAGAAACCGCUGCCCUGUGAGACCAAGCCUGUGAGCCUCCAGGAGAUCGUGGCAACCCAGCAGAAUGGCUGUGUGAAGAGCGUGGCUGAGGCCGCAGAGCUGACCCUGGGGCCCUCCUGUCCCCACCACGUCCCCGUCCAGGUGGAGCAGGAUGAGGAACCAGCCACCACCAGUCUGGACCACUGCACCAUUGAGAUCAGUGAGCUCGAGACCAACGUCUGAGCCUGAGGAACUGCAGGGCCUGGGGAAGGCCUCCAGGGUUAGGGGCCAAGGGCAGGAUUUCAAUUCACUACUUCCCUGAGCACAAGGGCCAGACUCACACUAUCUCCCCACCCUUGAGGGUCCAGAAUGGGCUCCACUUGACGGAAAGUGGAGUGUAAGAAAGGGGAAAGACUGCACGUGGGGUCCCAGCUGGAGAGUUACAGGCAGGUGUAGCCUGAGCCCCAACUGUGACAUUUCCACUGGGUUGGCCUGUGCGGGUGGCAGGCAGGGGUGUGGUCCCCACUUUCUGGAUCACAAAGUUGAGGCUCUGAGAGCUGAAAACACUUGCCUCAGGUCUCAGAACAAGUGAUAUCAGGACUAGGACUCUAGUUCAAGGCUUUCACGCCCUGGCCACUCCCUGCCAGAGGACAGGGAUGGCUGCAGGGUCAGACGCUGAGAGGGAGGCUCUGCCCCCUCCAGGAGCCCCAGAGCCAUCACUGCUUGCAGUUUAUGAGGACAUAGCAAUGUCCUGGUUCUGCCCCAGCUGCGUCCCAGCCCAGGCCCGCCCCCACCCAGCCCCAUAACACGUGGCCUCAGACCAACAGCUCUCCCCAAGGACGGGCCCAGCCUAAAGCCGAGACCCACUGCCUUCCACGUGCCACAGCCCGUCCCAUCUCCUGGCCUAGCGGUUCUGUCUCAUAAAGCUCAUCUGAUGUGGAGAUGAAGAUGUCUUCACCAGAGCUUUAAGGCCUCUAGAAACCCCCGGGCUAGUCUCCCAUUGGACAGAUGAGCCAGCCAGGACUGGGGAUGCAGACUCACCUGGGAUGUUUCAGUCAAGCUGCCCAGAUGGCCCUGAGGUCAGCACUCCCCACCCCCCACCCCAAAGCCCAUGUGAUGAAGAGGAGUUAGAUUUUCUAUUCCUUUCUGUGUUUUCAAGUUCAGUAAUAACUAAAUAAAGGUAUUUUGUUUUUCAA